AUGGACCUGGGCGGGGGCAACCAGGCCGACAUGUCGCAGCAGCUCGAGCAGGGCACCGGGCCGGCCGGCGCCAUCGAACUCUACGAGCGCUUCCGCAACUGCACCAAGCCGCUCAUCGCGCGCAUCAACGGGCCCGCGCUCGGAGGCGGCUGGGGCUUGGUCUUCACUGCCGACAUACGAGUGGCAACCAAGGACGCCUGGUUCUGGUUCGCCGAGGUCAAGCGCGGCCUGGUGCCGGCGAUCAUCUCGGCCUACAUCGUCCCACAAAUCGGUGCGUUUCGGGCGAAGGAGUACAUGCUCACGGGGAAGAAGAUGAGCGCGCAGAAGGCCUACGAGCUGGGCUUCGUCUCGGCCCUCGUGGAGAACGAGCAGGAGCUCGAUGCCAAGGUGAAUGAGUACGUCGAGGAGCUCCUCUCCAGCGCGCCCACCGCCAUGGCCGACAUCAAGCACCUCGUCAACCACGUCUCAUCGCACUCGCACGAGGACAACCUCAAUGAGGUGGAGAAGGUGUUUGGCAAGAUGGUGCACUCGGAGGAGGCGCUCUACGGCAUGUCGUGCUUCGCCCAAAAGAAGAAGCCCGACUGGGCGGCAUUCCACAACAACGAGAAGGACAAGGCAAAGCUGUGA